AUGAUUAUCCUGACUGCUGAAACCCUGGAUCCGGUGGCCGUAACCGACUCCGUGCGCAAGGACGGCAACGGCGCCGUCGUCACCUUCCUGGGUACCACCCGGGACAACUUCGGCGGCAAGACCGUCACUCGGCUGGAGUACGAAGCCUACGACGUGAUGGCGAUCAAAAAGCUUGAGGAAGUUCGGGAAAGCCUCUGCGCUGACUACGGCAUUGAGGAUAUCGCCAUCGCGCACCGCACCGGACGAGUGGAUGUGGGCCAGAUCAGCCUGGUGGUGGCCGUUGCGUCGCCGCACCGGAUCAAGGCUUUCGAGGCCUGCCAUGAGGCGGUGAACCGGAUCAAGACCAUCGUACCCAUCUGGAAAAAAGAAUGGUUCGCCGACGGUUCCCGUUGGGUGGCGUGCGAAGACCACGAGUUUGCGGACGAGGCCGAACACCGCCACGCCCAUGCGGAGCGGCACGCCACGGCAGUCGGCGAUUAG